AGGCAGGAAACGCAAGCAAACAAGCAGUAAUUUUCUUCUCAACGCACCCACUUCCCUCCUUUUUGGCGUUUCCAUACGAGUGCCAAGAAAAAAAGAUUAAAAAAAAUUAUGACGCUGCGAGAUAACAUGCAGGCCAACGUCGACGAUAUCAUCGCUGAGGUCGAUUAUAAGGCUAAGAGUCCCGAGAUCGACUAUGGCCUCGGCUAUGUUAGCGACGGUAAUGCCGUCCACGGCCAGGACCUGUCGGCAGGCGAGUCGGUCUACGCGAAGCUCCAGCGGUUCGCGGGUAAGUUUGGUGUCGAGCAGAGAGGCAUUGAGCGCGUUCCUAGCGAUGAGAGGACGGACUCGAGUAUAACUCAGGUUGGCACGCUGUGGUUCUCGGCCAAUAUGGUCGUCUCGUCGUUUGCGAUUGGCGCUCUUGCGCGCCCUGUCUUCAACUUGGGGUUUGUAGACAGUGCCUUGACCAUCAUCUUCAUCAACCUCCUUGGUAUCAUGCCGGUCUGCUUCUUCUCGACUUUCGGUCCCCGAUUCGGUUUGCGACAGAUGGUGCUGUCGCGAUUCUAUUUCGGCUUCUACGGUGUCAAGCUAAUUGCCGUAUUCAAUAUCCUGGCGUGUAUUGGUUGGUCUGCAGUCAACGUCAUCGUAGGCGCGCAAUUCUUCCACGCAGUCAACAGCGACGUGCCCGGCUGGGCUGGCAUCCUCGUCAUCUCCGUCGCAACGCUGAUCAUCUGCACGUUUGGCUACAAAAUCGUCCACGUUUACGAGAAAUGGUCCUGGAUCCCCGUGUUCGUCAUGUUCAUGAUCGUGCUCGGCACCUUUGCCCACUCGGGCGGUUUCAACAGCUUGCUCCCUCUCGAGACCGGGCCCAGGGAGGCUGGUGGCGUACUGUCUUUCGCGGCGUCGGUGUACGGCUUUGCGACGGGGUGGACUUCGUACGCUGCCGACUACACCGUAUACCAACCCGUCACCCGCUCCCGGAGAUCGAUUUUCCUGUGCACUUUCGCCGGCCUGUUCGUCGCGCUGUGUUUCACCGAACUGCUCGGAGCCGCGGUGUCCACGGCCAUGGCUACGAACGAAGCUUACACGUCGGCGUACGAAGACGCGCACAUAGGCGGGCUGCUCGCGCAGGUGCUCGUCCCGCGGCUGGGGCGCUUCGGGGAGUUCUGCGUGGUGAUGCUCGGGCUGUCCAUCAUCGGGAACAACUGCCCGAACGCGUACUCGGUGUCGCUGUCGCUGCAGGUGCUCUCGGAGCGGACGCAGCGGGUGCCGCGGUUCGUGUGGACGUUCCUGGGCACGGCGGUGUACGUGGCGAUCGCGAUCCCCGGGUACGACCACUUCGAGGACACGCUCGAGAGCUUCAUGCUCGUCAUCGGCUACUGGCUCGCCAUCUACGAGGGCGUCUCCCUCACCGAACAUUUCGUCUUCCGCCGCGCCUCCUUCUCCCGCUACCGCCCCGAGGACUACGCCACCCCCUCCCGCCUGCCCCCCGGCUUCGCCGCCGUCGCCGCCUUCUGCGCCGGCGUCGCGGGCGCCGUGCUCGGCAUGGCCCAGCAGUGGUUCACGGGCCCCAUAGGCAGGCUGUGCGGGGCCGCGCCGUCGGGAGGCGACGCCGGCUUCGAGUUGGCCUUUGGGUUCGCGUCCGUGAGCUAUCUUGGCCUCAGGGCGAUUGAGAAGGCGUACUUUGGUCGAUAACGCCGCGGGGGGAGGGGGGAGGAGAAAAUAGGAGAGAGAGGAGAGGGGAGGUAGGACACACGCAUACUCACACUCACACUCACCCGUAUAAGAUAGAUAGAUAGACAGGCAGGCAGGCAUACUUACCUACUAGAUAUGGACCAGGUUUGCGGUAUGAGUACCGUUAUUUACCGAUCAGGAAGGGAAGAGGGGGUAGGGGGAAAGGUUUUUUUUUUUUUUUUUUUUUUUUUGUGUGCGCUAUUUUUCUUCUUUUUGUGCCACACAUGGUUCUAUCUAUCUAGAGGGAAGAGAGAGGUGAAGUAGAGAGAGAGAGGGUAUAGUACGGUUGUAACUUGUAAGAUGGGGCGCGCGCGCGUGUGUGUGUGAUGAGAUAGGAUCGGCCAGGAUGACGAAUGGAAAUAAAAACGUUAAACAUAGAAAGAGAAUCUUAUUCGAUACCAUGUCGAGAAAUGCCCGUGUUCGACUUUUUGAUAUGUGUUUUUUUUUUUCGGUGUACUUGAUCGGAUUGUUGUUCUUUUUCUUCCUUCGCGUAUAGAGGACAUCGGGUAUGUAUGAUUAGCAACACCUAUCGUCAUAUAUAGGAUGAAUUGACCAUGAUUUCUUGUUA